AUGAAGCUUAAAAAUAUAGAAUAGCCAUUCAAAACAAAAUAAUUCUUAGAUGAGUGUAUGAAUACAAGUGUUAAGUCAAUUAAUGUGUAAAAACAAUUCAUGUUAGAAGUUCAUCAAUUAUGCGUAAUAUUUUAAGAUUUAUUUUAAAGAAAAAAUUCAGCGAAGAUUUGCAACACUUAUAUGUAAUUAUAUAUCUUUGACAUUUAGAAAUUACUAAGUGUUUAAGUAGAUGAUGAAGAGACAUUAUCAUAAAACACUGUCUUAUCUAAUUAUAUAUUAUCAAUUAGUCAUAUCAUUAAAUCAAGAUCAGAAAUCUUAUUUGAAGAGGCCAUAGAACCAUUUUAUUAAUUUGAAGCCAAUUAUAGUCAUUUAAAUAAUACAAUAUCUAAAAGUUAUGGACUAUUAUUGGAUAAUUUAAAAGCAUCAAAUGAAUUAUUGAAACACAAAGCAGCUGAGUAUAAAUAAAUUAAUAAAUAGCUAUUAUGAGGAUUAAAAUUAAACAUUUUAAGCAUAAAAUGAACAACAAUAUAAAUUAUCUCUUAAUUAAAUGAAUUGUAUGUGGGAACAAUUUUUUAAAGAAUUACCACAAUAUUAUGAAUAAUAUUAAUUAAAUGAAGAAACACGAUUGACAGUAACAGAAUAAACUUUUGUAAAAUUCAUAGAAGCCUUAGAAUACAUGUUCAAAUAACCUGCUAAAAUAACAAAUGAAAAAUUACAUUAAUCAUUUGAAAUCUAAAGAGAAAAAUUUAAAACUAGAGAUCUAUAUGGAGAAUUGUGUAUACAAUCAAAAAAAAUGAUUGAUUUUAUGAAUGAACCAAAAUGUGAGAUGUUUACUAGUAGAGAUGAAUACUUUAGAAAUAAGGCAGCAAUUCUUUUAUAAGAAUCAGAUUCUUCUAAAAAUUCCAAUUUUAAAGAUGAAGAUUUUAGAUUUAUAAAAUAAUUAAUUGAAAAACCAUAGUAAGUUACAUAUUGUAUAUAUUAGAUAAAAUCUUUAAUUGCUUUACAAAAUUAAACUAAUCCCUAAUCUUACUAGUAAAGAGAGAGAAGAAAUUGUGUCAUUUCUCUUAUCAGAAUUAAAAUAAAAAAAUGUGGUUUAAUUAUAAUCACAUUUUCAAUCAAAUUUUUUUCGUAUUCUAAUUUUCAAAUUAUUUAAAUGGUUUGAAGAUGAUUUUUAAAAUUAAAAACCAUCUUCUAAACUUAUUUAAUAAUUCCUUUAGAUCGUUUAUAUAAGUUUAUCCUUAAAAAGUGAUUAAGGAUGUUCUCUUCUUAGUAAAAUAAGUAAAAAAGUAGAAAUCUUUUAUUCAUAAAGAUUAUGGAAUUCAAUAUAUGAAGAAUUACUUACAAAUUAUCAUUUACAAAAAUAAAUGAUAGAUAUAACAUUGAAAUAUGUUUCAUUUCUUCAAACUCCUAAUUCUAAAAUACAAUUACCAAAAGAAAUCGAUCAAAAAUAAGAUUCAAUUUUUAAUGGUUUAUUUUCAACUAAAACAAGAAAAAUCACAUAAAAUGAAUCUAUUAAUAUAGUAAAUUUAAUAUUAAUAGCAUCUAAUUUACCUCCAUAAACUACAUCAUCAAUUAUUAUGGAAAUUAUUACAAAUAUUUAAAUGAAACCAUCAUGUUCUAUACCAUUUAUUGAAUUAUAAGAGGCUAAUUAAAUGCUCAAAGAAUUUUAACCAUAAAUUAGAUAAAAAUAAUUAUCAUAAAAAUUUGGUAAAAGAAAAAAUACAAUUUAUUGUUUGAUUAAAUCACUUAAAUACUUAUAAUUUAAUGAAAACUAUCUUAAUGUAAUAUGUAUUUCUAAAGAAUAUUCAAAAACUAUUAAAACUAAAAUGAUUCAAUAUUUUCUUGUUUCUGAAUAAACAGCACUUUUGAAUCUAUAAUAAAGAGUAAGAUUAUGGAGUGAACUAUUAGAUAUAGAAGUUAAUUAUAAAAAAAUUUAAUAAGAUUAUCUAUCUGCAAGCAAGAAAUUAUCAAGAGAAAUAGAGAGAAGUAUAGUAGUAGACAUUAAAAGAUCAUUUUCAACUGAUUGUGAAUAGAGAGAUCAAAUUAUUAAUUAAUAUGAAAAUAAACUUGAAAAUUUACUAAGAUUACAUGCUUUUGAUAAUCCUGAAAUAUCAUAUUAUUAAGGAAUGAAUAUGUUAAUGGUUUUCUUCUUAUAUGUUACAAAUUUAAAUGAAGAAUUGUCAUUUAGACUAUUCAGAUCAUUAUUAGAAAAAUUAUUAAGAGACAUUUUUUUAGAAGGAUUAAAAUCUAUGAGAAUGCAUUUUUAUAUUUUAGAUAGACUAAUAGCCAUAUUUAUACCAAGAUUAUUUAUACAUUGGAAAUAAUUAUAAAUUGAAAGUCCGUAAUUUGCUACUGUAUUUUUAUUAUAAAUUAUUAGGCAUGGUAUGUCACAUUAUAUACUAAUUCUAUUAAUUUAAGUUAAGUAGAAAAUAAUUAAGUUUGUUUUGAUAUAUUUGAAAUAGUAAUUGCAAGGGGGUGGACAGGAUUUUAUUAAUCUACAAUUGGAUUAUUGAAAUUCUAUGAAAAAAUAUUAAUAGAAUUAGAUUUCGAUUAGAGUUAGAAAUUUUUAAAUAAUUUAUCUAAAACUCAAUUUUAUAGAUAACAAAUUGAAUAAUAAAUUGAUGUACCUUAUUUCACAAAUGUUAAAAAUUUGAAAAUAUCUAUUAAGAAACAGUUAAUUACAGAACUUGAAAGAGAGUAUUAUUAACUAAGAGAAAAGAUAGAUUAAAUUAAUUUAAAUCAUUUAUGA